AUGCCAUUGACGACCUCAGAAACCGUCAAAAUGGCCUCUCUUACGUUGACGGAGAAGCUGGACAAGAUCCGGUCGCCAAAUCUGCAGAGUCAGAAGCAGACCGCAAGCAUUCUCGAAGGUGUCGAGACCGCCUUCAAGGAACAAAACACACAACCCACACCAACAGCUUACUUCGCUGCCCUGCUCAGUCUUCUCGACAACAAGACGCUCGCCCAACCCGUCAUCUACCUCCUCGACAUUGUCACCCCCUACGCGCCCGAGCCCCUCCUCCGCGCCAAGUUCACCCAGAUCCUCGAACUGUUGGCACCAGUCCUGUCGCAACCCGAUGCCGAUGCCCCGUUAGUCAGAGCCUCGAUUGGUGUUCUUGAGAGUCUGCUGCUUGCUCAGGAUGCCGUUGCUUGGGAGCAGAGCGCCGCCGUCAUGGGCCCCCGCCGGGCUGUCGGCGGUCUCUUGAGCUUUUCGCUUGACCCUCGGCCGAAGGUGCGCAAGAGAGGCCAGGAGGCCCUGCGCAAGAUUCUUAGGAGCCCUCCUCCUAGCCCGUCGCUCGACCACCCUGUUGCGCCAAUGUGCGCCGAGACUGCCAUGAUGAGCUUGAAGGCUGUGGCUGAGAAGGCCGCUCAGUUGAAGAAAGAGAAGAAAGGAUCCGAGGCUUCGACUGAUCCUGAGCUUAUUCACGCUUUGCAGUUGGUCAAGUCUGUUGCUUCGGCUAGUGGUGGAUGGCCGAGCAAGAAGAUUGAGUCGCUUUGCGAGCUGCUGCUUGGCAUCGCUCGCUCCGGAAACGAGCACAUGAGUAUGGCGGUGUUUGACAUCUUUGAGAUGAUCUUUGAGGGGAUGGCUGAGGAUGUGGCUUCGUCGAAGCUGCCGAGAUUAUUGGAGAUCAUCAAGGAGUUGCGCCCAGCACCAAACGAUACCCAGCUUCUUCCCGCGUGGAUCGCCAUUCUCUCGAGAGCGUACGACGUUUCGGCCCAGGUUGAGCCGGAGGAGACGUUCCAGGGGCUUUUGGACCCUUUCAACUUGGUAGCUUCUUAUCUUGAGUCUGAGGCCAAGAACAUUCGCAUUUCGGCGUCCGAGUGCUUGGUUUCUUUUAUGGCCAACUGCGUGCCUGCUUCGGUUCUUGUUGAGCCAUCGAUUUACGACGAGAAGGUCAUCGGACAGUUGGUCGAGACUGCCGAGAGCCUUUUGACGCUCAAGUAUCAGGCUGCUUGGCUCGAGACGUUCAACGUUCUCGGUGCCAUGUUUGACUCGUUGAGGUGGAGGGCGGAUCCUUACAUGCUCAAGAUCACUCAGAGCAUUGGUGAGAUGCGCGGAAACGACUCGUUUACUGGCAAGCAGGAGGCGGAUGAGGUUCUUGGGAAGGCCAUCCGGGCCAUGGGUCCUGAGUCUGUCCUGAAGGUUCUCCCCCUGAAUCUUGUCAGACCGGCGAGAGGCCAGCCAGGCAGAGCUUGGCUGCUGCCUCUUCUGCGUGACUACACAUCCAACACCAACCUGGCGCACUUCAAGAACGAACUUGUGCCCGUGAGCGCCGCCAUGUUCCAGCGCGUGUUGGACCACGGUGCUGCGCCCAAGACUAUGGAGAUCAAGAUUUUCGAGACUGUUGUUCAACAAAUAUGGUCUAUCCUCCCCGGCUACUGCGACUUGCCCCUGGAUCUGACUGAGGCUUUCGACAAAACUUUCGCGGAGACGCUUACUACGCUUCUUUACGAACAGGUUGAGCUGCGCCUCGACGUCUGCCGCUCGCUCAAGGCUCUCGUCGAGUCCAACCAGGCUGUUGUCUCGGCCGAGGAAGCCGAUCCUGCUCUUGAGAGCAGAGUCAGCAAGGAGACUGCGGCCAAGAACUUGGGGUACCUUGGUACCACGUUUGCCGCUGACUUCCUCGCCGUUCUCUUCAACGUUUACAGCACCACUCUUCCUCAGAAGCGUGGCCCUGUUCUUCAGACUAUCAACGCCUACCUCAGCAUUAUCCCUGCUGCCCGCCUGACCGAGACUUUUGAUCUUGUUUGCACCAAGCUUGCCGAGGCUCUCCAGCAGGCCCCUGAGCCCAAGGAGCAGAAGCAGCAGAAGGGCGAGCAGAUGCCCUCUACCGCCCACACCCUGAUGGAUCUCGUUGUUACCAUGUCCAUCUACCUCCCCAGAGAAAGCUUCGAGGCCCUUUUCAGAAUUGCUGCCCUUGUUGUCUUCAAGGAUGACGACCCUCAACUGCAGAAGAAGGCCUACAAGCUCAUCCCACGCCUGGCUGAUGCCGAGAUUGGCCGUGCUGCCCUUACUCAGAGAAACGAAGAGCUCCAGGCUCUUAUCCUGUCCAGCGCUGAGAAGGUGUCGGCCCCGGCCAGAAGAGAGCGUCUUGCUGCUAUUGCUGCCAUGCUUCCCUUUGUUCCUGACACCCAGCUUCACUUCAUCCCCUCGGUGCUUUCCGAAGUUGUCAUCAGCUGCAAGGAGCAGAACGAGAAGGCCCGCACCAUUGCUUUUGACCUCUUGGUUCUUAUGGGCCAACGUAUGGUCAACUCUCACGGUGCUGUCAUUGACAACAGCAAGGUCCCCCACAUGCCCAAAGACGCCCCUGCCGCUACGGCCUCCGUUGAGGAAUUCUUCACCAUGGUCAGCGCCGGUCUUGCCGGUAGCACCCCCCAUAUGAUUUCCGCCUCCAUCACCGCCAUCACCCGCAUCCUCUACGAGUUCCGUGAGACCGUCAGCGAAGCGACCAUGUCCGACUUGGUCCAGACGAUGGAUCUCUUUCUCACCUCCAACAACCGCGAGAUUGUCAAGUCCGUGCUUGGCUUCGUCAAGGUGUGUAUCCUCAGCUUGCCCACCGAGAUGAUGCUCCCCCGUCUGGAGACUCUCCUCCCCAACCUGAUGGUCUGGAGCCACGAGCACAAGGGCCACUUCCGCGCCAAGGUCAAGCACAUCAUCGAGAGAAUGAUUCGUCGGUUUGGGGUGGAUGUGGUCAUGAGGUACUGCCCCGAGGACGACAAGAAGCUUAUCACCAACAUCCGCAAGACCAAGGAGCGCAGCAAGAGGAGAAAGGACGCUGCCAAGAACGCGGAGGAGAGCGAUGGGGAGGAUGAUGGGAGGAGGAAGAACAGGUUUGAGAGCGAGUAUGACCAAGCGCUGUAUAGCAGCGAGUCGGAGGGUGAGCAGAGUGAUGAUUCGGAUGUGGAGAUGACGGGGAGGAAACAGAAGGGUGGGAAGAACAAGGGGGGGAGCGCGUAUAUUUUGGAGGAUGAGGAUGAGCCGUUGGAUCUGCUGGAUCGUAACGCGCUGGCGAAUAUUUCUUCGACGAAGCCGAUGAAGCAGAAGGCAAGGGAGAAGAAGAAGGUGAAGAGGGAUAUGGAUGGGAAGUUGAUUUUGGGGCAGGAGGAGGAGGGUGAGGGGAUGGAUGUUGACAUGGGUGGUGGUGGUAAUGAGGAAGAGAGUGGAGUUGGUGCGUACGUGGCUGCGCUGAGGGGCAAGGAUGUGCCGAUUAGGGGUAUGAGGGGUAAGUUGAAGUGGAAGAGGGGGAGGAAGAAUGAGGAGGGAGAUGAUAGUGAUGAUGGGAUGGAUAUUGAUGAGGGGGCUGCCAAGGCCAUUAGGGAGAGGCCGGGGAAUCAGAGGGGGAGAGGGGGGGAUAGAGGGAGAGGUGGUGAUCGGGGUAGAGGUGGGAGAGGUGGUGGAAGGGGGGGUGGACGUGGUGGACGGGGAGGGAUUGCUGCUGGACGGAGGGGGUUGGGGCAGGAUAAGCAGAAGGGUCCGGGUGGGUUUGGUGGUGUGAGGAAGGGUGGGAGAGGGAGGGUGUAG